AUGAGUUUGAUGGAGGAAAUCGUCAAGCUUACCGGUUCCGAAAACUGGAAGGCAUGGAACACGCGCUUCAUCGCCGAGGCAACCAACCGCGGGCUCUGGGAGAUCAUCAACCCGACGAGCACCUCCAAAGGAGCCAAUGCCCGUGGCAAUACGCCUGCGAGCGGCACUUCCCAGGUGGUCGUGCCUGGCGGCAAACCGAAGAACGCCUCCGAGAUGACCGCAGCUGGGCGUGACGCAUACAAGAUUGACCUCUCUGAAUACCGCGAAGAGAAGGGUGACUACGAGAGGGAACUCCAGAACAUCACCUUCCUGUGCUCCUGGAUCACCAAGACAGUGGCUGCUAACUUGUUUGAUACAACCUGCGACCCCGAGAAAAGGAUCCACGAAUGGUACGCCGCUCUCAAGGAACGCGGAGGCACCAACGACCUUCAGGAGUUCCGACGAGCGAUGGAAGAAUGGGAAACCGCCAACAAGACGCUCUCCCGCAAACCGAAAGACAUGCUCAGCUGGCUCAGAGGCUGGGAGCUGGCCCUUCUGAAGGCGCAGAAGGCCAAAGUGCCAGGGACAAACGACUCGAUCGACAACACCGUCCGAGGCUUUGGAUACGACGGAUGGUGCGACUCUUACUACAACAGCAACCAAGAUGCCAUCGACAACAACAAAUUCAUGCUCCAGAAGCUUCUAAAGGAUUUCAGCGAGCGCGUCAGACGGAGUGACGACUUCAAGCCGCCACCAUCGCCAAGGGCGCCUUCCGUCUCGCAGGAAAAGGAGCCGCAGCCCAACUCCCCGAACCACAAACAAGCGCCGUUACACUGGAGGAUCAACUUCUGGCUGUCCAGCCCGCGAUAG